AUGCAGCGGGAGGUGGGCAGCUUUCCUAUCGCUCCAUCCAUCAGAGCGAGGCUGGUAGCUGCGGGCUUCCAUACAGUGCAAGAUGUGAUAGAGCUGGCAGUCAGUGAAGUGGCUGGAGAAGCCGGAAUAUCCGAAGAAGCUGCUCAGGAAGCACUGCAGAUUUUGCAAGGACAAGGCAAUGAUUCACAGAUACUAAAGCAUACCGCUUUGGAAUUGCUUGAGCAGGAGCAAGCUCAGGGAUGUAUCAUCACGUUUUGCUCAGCCUUGGAUGAAAUCCUUGGGGGAGGAGUGCCACUGGGAAAGAUCACUGAGAUUUGUGGCCCCCCUGGUGUGGGAAAGACACAGUUAUGUAUGCAGCUGGCAGUAGAUGUACAGAUACCAGAGUGCUUUGGAGGCAAUGAUGGUGAAACGGUUUAUUUUGAUACUGAAAGUAGCUUCAGAGUGGAAAGACUGGUGGAAAUUGCAAAUGCUUGUGUUCUGCACUGUAGUCUUAUUACUCAAGCCCACCAAGAAGAAGGUCACAGACUAGCUAUGCAAAGAUUUACUGUAAAUAACAUCCUUUCACAGAUUUAUUACUUUUGUUGUCAAGACUACAUUGAACUACUUGCCCAUAUACAUACCCUGCCUGACUUCCUAGCACAGCACGUAAAGGUAAAACUUGUAGUCAUUGACAGUCUUGCAUAUACUUUUCGGCAUGACCUUGAAGACCUGUCUUUACGGACACGUUUGCUAAAUACUUUGGCUCGGCAGUUGAUCAGCAUUGCUACUCAUCGAAAAUUAGCAGUAAGUACAUCUCUUUGA